AUGUUUGCAGAUUUGGAGGUAGAGCAUAACAUUGAACCUCUUUGUCGAUUUAUAGAGAGAACUUUACUUAAGCCAUUGAAGGAUAACGGUGUUAAACAUUCAAACGAAGAGGAAUUGAAACAAAGCUCUAAUCUCGGUGGAAAAGCAGUUGAUUUAGUGAAAACAAGUAUCGGAAUAAGGAUAGCGAUCGAAUUUGAUAAUAUUAAGAUAGAAAACGUUAAGUUGGACAAAACUCGAGAUAAUUGGCAGGAAGCAACUGAAGUUUCACGAUCGUUAUUGGAAAAAUCGGAGGAGGAAGUUUUAACUAAAAUUAAUGAUCCAUUCCGGAAAAAUCAAAAGACAGUUGAGGAGGCUUUGGAUUGGAAGAUUAAAACGAAAAGCAGAAAAUACCUCGAACCAUUACGAAAUCGACAAGAUGCGGAUUUGAAAUGUAUAUUUGUUAUUUUGAGAGUUGGUUUGCACCGUCUAAUUAGCAGGAAAGUUUGUGAUGUUAAUGAAUAA